UAGUGUAUCGCGAUCCACGUGUUCAUAGUGUUUACAUGUGGGUAGAGUAGAAAUACAGAUUAUUGUUUUAAUGUGAAAGUAUAUAAAACGUUACUUUUUAUUUACUUAUUUUGUAAUUUUUGAGUAAAAGUAUUAGUGAAUUUUUAAAUAUUGCAUUAAAUUGAAUUCAUCUAACUUAACACUUAAUAAUGAAUAAUAAAGAGUUCGCUGAUAUCGUAGCUCAGACUUGUUAUGAACAUUAUGAAAAAUUACCUAAAACAGGGAAACCUAGAAAUGGAAAAGAAUGGACUUUAUUAGCAGCAAUUCUGAUUACGUUUGAUUCAGAAAAUGAUUUAUCAAGAAGAAAACCGCACGUUAUUGCAUUGGCAACAGGAUCCAAAUGUUUAGGAGCUAAAGAUUUAAGUCCAGAUGGUAAUGUUGUGAAUGAUAGCCAUGCUGAAAUAUUAACCAGAAGAGCAUUUCUGAGGUAUUUAUACCAUCAAAUAAAAUUAUUAUUAGAAGGAAAGUGGGGAUGCUGUCAUACACCUUGUGGGGAUGCUUCAAUAUUUCUUAAAGAUAGCAAUAUACCAGAUAAUUUAACAAACUGUCUGAAGGAUUUUCAAAAGAGGAAAUGUGAAACAUCUGAUAUUGAACCACUAUAUUCUAAAAAAUUGAAAUCAGAAGUUGAAAAUAAUAAUUCAUCAAUAAAAAUUGAAGAUAUAAAUAUCGAAGGAAGCACAAGUGAUGAUAAUUUAAAAAGUAAAAUUGAUAUUUAUAGAACAGGUGCUAAAUGUGUUUCUGAUGGACUUCAAGAUCCAAAAGGUGAAGGGAUUAAUUAUCAUAUCUUGGGAAGAUUGAGGACAAAGCCUGGUCGUGGGGAUCCAACUCUUUCAAUGUCUUGCAGUGAUAAAAUUGCUAAAUGGAAUGUUUGCGGAUUACAAGGAGCUCUAAUAUCACAUUUUCUUUGUAAACCAAUAUAUCUUUCAACUAUUAUCAUAGGAAGGUGUCCAUUUAGUAGAGAAGCAUUAUAUGAAGCAAUUGUAGAAAGAACAAACAAUUUAAAUCUUCAGUCUGGAAAUUAUUAUAAAUCUGUUCCAAUUUUGUUGCAAUCAAAUUUACAAUUUAAAUAUAGUCGUCAAAGAUUGGAAAGUGAAUGUAAUGCAGUAAUGCCUUCACCUUCUGCAGUUAUAUGGACAGAUGUAUCAAAUAAACCAUUAGAAGUUGCAGUUAAUGGAUUAAGACAAGGAGUUACAAUAAAAUGCCAGAAAAAACCAAUAGCCAGGCUUAGCAUUUGCAAGAAAGAAUUAUUUCGACAGUUUAUUUCUAUUUUAAAAAAUCAUACAAGUCAUAAAUUAAAUCAACAAAUGAGAAAUAAAGAACUUAUUACCUAUUAUGAUUAUAAAAUGGCUGCAAAAGAAUAUCAGAACUGUUGGACUAGUUUGAAAUGUCAAUGCUUUAAUGAUUGGACAAAUAAACCUAAAGAACUUUUAUCAUUUGUUGCAGAUGAAUGAAAUUUGUACAAAUCUCCUGACUGCAGUUAAAAUAGAAAUUUUAAAUCUGUAAUAUAUAAUGAAAUAAAUAUCAAAAUAUUUAAUGUUCAGAAUUACAAUUGAAGAAA